AUGCCGACAGACACAUGCGAUUCAAGGAUACCAGUUGACAGAGGCUGGGCGUGGAUGGUAUUGGCUGGUUCGUUCAUGAUAUCCACUAUCAACACUGGAACCGAGAAAUCAUACGGAAUCUUCUUUAUUGAAUUUCUCCGAAUGUUUAAAGGCACAGUGUUCAUGACGGUAAUGAUCAACACUGUCUUGAAUGUGGUAUACUGCUUCACAGCUGCUUCCGUGUUGCUGAUAGGCUUCAAGCGACUCAGUAUCAGAAAGUCGGUUUUCCUUGGUAUAAUCCUAAGUGCUAUUGGAUACGGCAUCAGCAGCCUUGCUACAAGUCUAGAAUUUCUUAUUGUCUCGCAAAGCAUUUUGAUAGGAGUUAGCAUUGCCUUUUAUAACCCACCUAUUUACAUUCUUCUUGAAGAAUAUUUUGACAAGAGAAAAGGUCUAGCGAAUGCACUUUUUCUAUCUGCGAACGCUCUAGGCGGAAUGAUAAUGCCACCAUUAUACCGUUAUGUAUUUGAUGAAUAUGGAUUGCGUGGAGGACUUAUAAUCACUUCUGGUAUAAUAUUAAAUUCUCUGGUGGCUGCAGCGUUGCUUCGUCCUACUGAAUUCUACACCAAAAAAGCCUCACAAAAAUCACCCAAUGUGAAUGGAAAUGUAAGCGAUAAUUUUUCUGUAAGGAAACGGAAACACAGUGAAACGAAUUCCAGUCAAUAUCAUGAGCCCGAUACACAACAUUCCUUACUUACAGAGACGGAAACCACACAAACAGAUGAUAUUAAUGAUAGCGUUGAUAAAACAUCUCAAUCCAGUAUUUAUAGAUAUGUGAGUAAUGGAGACAUAGUGUCUGUUUCUUUGACUAAUCUGAGAGAUACAAUAGAUCAACAGGACGUGGAGACAAACAAGGGAGAUAAAUUUACUUGUGGACACUGUCAAGUUACGUGUAGUAAAAAAGUGGAUUGCUAUUUGAUGACAAAUAUUCUUUUUCUUCUGUUUUUGGCCAUUUACUGUUUCGGAAAUGUAGCCAUUAUGUGUGCUCACAUUUAUUUACCAACAUAUGCUGAAGAUAUUGGCAUUGGUGAUAGUCAAAUUGCUCUCAUUGUCUCUGUAACGUGUAUGUCAGACUUUGUCGGACGAAUUAUAGCUGGACAUCUGGCAGAUAGGCCUUGGAUCAGCGCACAGCAGAUCAUCAUUUUAUCACAGGUUGUUGUGGGCGUGAUCCUGCAGUUCACUGUGUACUACACCUCCUUUUGGCGCCUGUUGGUGUUUGUCGUGUUAUUUGGCUUUACUGGUGGGAUGAUAGUCGCCUUGUUCCCGCCAAUGCUGAUAGAGAUCGUCGGAAAGAAACGAUAUCGCAGUGCCAUGGCCGUAUUCAUCAUAUGUAUUUGCUUGUUCGAAGGAACUGCUUUACCGGUUUUAGGUUAUUUUCGUGAUGUCACCAACACAUAUCACUUCACAUUCCACGUCAUGGGAGCUUCCUCGUUCAUUGCUGUUGUGCUGCUAAUUAUAUUCGACAUAAUCUCAAGGAAACAAGCACGCAAGAAGAAAGAAUCUGACACAAACACUGGAACCAAUCUCAGUCCGUGA